CUAUAAUAGUUCGCAGUAGGAUACGCAUCGUGUCGUCGGCACAGUGGGCGUGAUUGUGUGGUUGUGCUGGACGCUACGGGCUGCCUUUUGCAGCUCCAUUCAUUGACUGUGGCUGCAUAUUGACUCUAAUGAACUGUUUUCUUAGUUGUGUGUCUUGCGCGAACAGUUGCUGCUUCUGGUUUCGUCUUCUUUCUCCACCAUUUUCCGCAUGCAUAUCUAAAGCAGUGAUUGACAUGUGUUGUGUAUUGCGCUUUUUCCGUGUUGUGUCGAAAAUGAGACUAACUAUGUCUGCGGUCUCAAUGUGCUUCUACACCAGUGCUCCCCAACCUGUUUAUUCUUCGCGCUGUCUGAUGCCGAAAAUUUGGCGAAAUUAGCCGACUACCUGGAGUGUUUUAUUCACCAGUUGUCAAGUUCCCAGCGUGUACAGCGAAUUUAUGCUGUCUCAGGCUUUUCUUUUUCCCGUUACACAUAAACAUUGGUCAAUAACGCAGUCACAAACGCAUGCAUAAAUGUUUAAUAUUAGUUACUGAAACUGCGCGAGUUUGAUAAAUUGAUGAAAACUGAUUUCUGUUUAGGCUUGCAUAACCUAGCUUAUGUGUGACAUGUUAUCCUAUGGAUUGCGAAACCUGAUACGCGCGCAUCAAAGCACACAAAAAAAAACAUUGAAGUACUGCUUGCGUAAUGCUAUUGGCAUUUUGUUGAAGUUAAACUGUGGAAGACUUAUCGUAUAAAUUGAUAAUUUCAGUCUGCGUGAAGUUUAAAUUAGUCAUUACAAACUAAAUAGUCAGAAGAGUGCUGUGUUGAACUGUUGUUUUUAUUUUUUAUUCGUAGGCUACUGGUGUGUGCAGCUUAAUGUUUUUAGCACGUAUAUAUUUCAUCAGCAAAAACAAAAUGGAAUGGCCUGCACCUACUGCUCUCCACUUCAGCUUCCUGGAAAAGAUGCAAAUCGGGAGUCACAUAUCGUAAACUAAUGACUGGUCUGUGGUGUUUCAUUAGAAAUUAGAACUUCUUAAAAUUACUGUGGCUGUGUAACCAUUCAGAUCUAGUGAUGACUGCAAUUUCUCGCCCUUUGUGGUUAUACAUCUUGCACAGCGGACAUAGCUAUGCAUUAAUCAAAUUACUGAUGAACUAGCAAACAGAAAUAGCUUCUGAUGGCACGUAUUACCAAGUAGUUUUAAGACGAGACUACAGCACAGAUCAGGCUUAGAAGUAAUACGCAAGUCGUCUCUUCUAAAUACUAGUGUAGUAUUAACGUGUGGCUUGCAUUUGACUAUUGAUCUUCCCACGGUUCAUAGUGUUGCGCUAAAUUCACACUGUUGCCAUUCGCUUUUAGUAGUGCAGUCUUGGUAUUGAAAUGAGAAAAGUAAUGCCGUGCUAAGCUAGAAAGUCUCAUCUAGCGGAUGUGUAAUAACUAGCGUAUGAAAGAUGGAAACAAAGGAAGACUUAGACGAGACAAGCAUUGCCCGUUAAUACACCAACAGAUCAUUUCGAAGAAAGAGUUCUCGUGACAGUUCACUCAGACAUACUCUGCUGUUUAUCUCCUUGAUGCAGAAAUGAAGCCCGCUGCAUGGCUGUGUCAGUAUUGUGACCACGCAUGCCCUACCAAGCAUAACCUGGUUCUUCACGAAGCACGUCAUUUGGAUGAGCACAGAGACAGGAUCGACAGGCAACUUGCUUGGCGUCAGUCGGGCAUGGUGGUUCGCUGGAACCCGGAGCGCUGGUUUCGAUGCACUUUGUGUGGCAGGGGCUUCAACCAGAAGAUGAACCUCGUACGGCACAUGCAGCGCCACACGGGUGAGAAGCCUCACCAGUGCCACUUGUGCCCCAAGCGCUUCAACCAGAAGUGCAACCUCGAGCGACACAUACGCAGCCACACAGGCGAACGGCCCUUCCACUGCACCUUCUGCCCCAAGAGCUUCAACUCCAAGUCUAACCUAAAUCGUCAUGAAGCGUGCCACGAGGUGCGUACGCCCGAGAUGACUGCCGUUGGAAAUGCGGCUGAGAUGGCUAUCGUCCCCAACUUCAAUGUUUGAAACCACAAGCAAUGAAGAAGUUGCCGAACUGAUCUGCUGUUUUCUCUUCUUAAUGUUAAUGAGUUUGUACAGGCAUCGCAGCCAUUUAUAACCCGUGCAUGUGGCUUUCAGGAGAUGCAGUGCCAUCUAGUGAUUCCUGUUGGCAUUAUUGGCAUGAUUGCAUACGUUCGCUGCAGCCAUUCAAAGGUCAUGCAGCAAGUGUACAUAAGCCAGCCAAUAAUUCCACUGGUUACUACAAGAGUAUUGUGAAAGUGUUGAAGGCCACGUACUUGAUCACUGUUAUAAAUAGUUGCUUCUCCCCAAAAGUUCCCAAGCGAUGACAAGGAAACAACAGUUGAGUUUUGGAUGUACGGUACGGUUUGUCUCACAACCACACAACAUUAUGGGUUACAAGAACAUGUUCUCACCCUUGCACAGAAUUAUAUGCAGUGUGUUUCCCAUGUAAGCCCCACCAUAUGACUCACAACAGCUUCUGUCAGGUCUGCAGUGGCACAGUUGCGGUCUAGGAACUACUUAAGGAGACUGUACAUUUCAUGCGUUGUUAUGUGUUCAAAUUCAUGUGGCAAGUGUGCUGAUGACACCAGUAAGAUUUGGAGCAUCACUUAUUCACAUUGAUCACUGUAUGGACUAAGAUUGUCUUAAUGCAGUAUGUGAAAAACUGCUUAAAUCUAUGGGAUAGCAUUUGUAGCAAGUGUGAAGCAAACGGGCAAGUGUGCUAAGCGAAGCGAUGAUUAUGUUGAUCGCACCACCAAGUACAGGCACCAAGAACAGUUUUAGGCAUGAGAAUUCAUACCUGUUAAUUGCUUGAAAAAAAUUUGCUUUACGUAGUCCAGAAAGGCUGGCCACAUAUGUGGACCUUGCUACUGUAUGUUCAGUACCACUGCUCGUUUGCUAAGCCGAGACAAGCAAGACAUCCGAAAGAUUCCUAGGCUGCAAGCAUAUAUAUCGUGCAUUGCAUUACUUAUUUCAUGUGCAGCAGCCGCAAUUUGAUGUGAAAAUAGUUGUCUCACAACUGAAUCCUCUUGCAAAUAUGCAUGAAUUAUCAGAGUUUAUAUUUACGACUUCAUAGGGCAAAGCUUCUUUAGUCACCUCCAAUGAACUGGUCUUUCUUUUUGUUCUUUAGUUAAAACUUUUUGUUCUAGUGCAAUAUCAUAGAUUUAUGUACAGCAUUAUAUUUUCUUGACUUUCGAAGCCAUGCCCUGUUCGAAGUUGCGACAGGGUCAAAGUGAUACAAGCUGGUCAUUUUUUGUCAUGGCUGUUGAAAAUACAAAGCUUCAUACCUCUUCAUUAAGCUCAGGCCAAAUGGGGUUUGUUGCUUUUGUUUGUAAUUUAUGUCUUGGCAGGAUGCCUUACAGACAUGCUGUAUGAUGCACAGCCCUAGCUUUGUACUUGCCGAAGACUUGUGGAUAUUUUUGGUUUGUUGCACAACUUUUGACGAGUGCAAUGCUGAGUGAAACAUGGAAAUGUCCAUGGUUUUCCCCAAAGCAUUUGGUACUACUACAAUAAUGCCUGUUCCAAAAUAUUUAG